CAAACAUCUUGAACUUACAUCACAUCAUAUUUUGUGACAUCUAACUCAUUUGUCCUUUUUAUGAUAUGAAUCUUGGUCUUUGUGAUUUUAUUAAUUUCUUAUUUGAUGGCCAGCUGCUGUCAUGUUCUCAUUAAUUUGAACUUACAUCACAUAAUAUCUUUUCUAUAAAUUUAGGUAAUUUUAUUUAUUUGUCAUAUUCUCAUUAAUUUGUAUUUGUCAUAUUUAAAUUAGUUUUAAUUGAAUCAUUAAUUUGAAUAUCUAACAAUACUAAAAUCAGGAUAUCAAGUCAUCUAAGCGCGUCCACGUGGGAUUGGAAAUUCAGGCCAAUCAGAGAUUGACUUUCUGGCACGUCACUUAUUUCUUCGGUCUGAACCGGAUCAAGAUUUAUGUAUCUGAGAGGGUCCCAUUUUGAGAUCCAUCGACAAACUCUUCAUCUUCCUGCACCUCCCUUCUUUCAUCAAACGUAUAAAAAAAAUAUCACUCACGAAUAGAUCAACGUUACAUCUCCUUCACUCCUCUAAGGAAAAACCACAUUCAACACACAAUUUUGCCUUCAGUUCCAAAUUAAAUCCCUUCUAAACAUCUCUCUAUUACAUCUGCCCUUUCAUUUCAAUCUGAAUCCAGUCGUUUUCAUGUAUCUAUGAAAGCUCUCCUAUAAAUUUAGGGCCAAACACGACUAAACCCUCGCCACAAUCCACCGCAAAAACAUGUCGUCAGCAGAUUCGUCUUUCUCAAUUCUCGUCUUCCUUUAUUGCUGAUCUUCAUCAUGAUUUAUGUCUCGGCUUCAUACAUCUCCCUCGACAGUCUCCAUCUGGAUUGAUUCAACGUAUUGAAUUGCAUAUAUGUUGGCUUACGAAACUUCUGAAUCUUCUAAAGAAAAAGCUGAGAGUUUCAUUCAAGGGAAAUAAAAAGGACGCCACUGAAUUCUUGGAGGAGAUGAAUGAGAAAGAAGCUACAGAGAUGAAAGAAAUCAUGGGUCUAAAGGGGAAUGGAGUUCUAUGUGUUUACCCUCGGGAAAAGAACAUCAAAAACAUGCUGUCCAUCUCAAAAGAGAAGAAGAAAGAGCACCAACGAGUUCAAGCAGGUAUAAUCAUAUAUGGUUUGAUUUCUCAUGUGUAAACAUCUGCAACUUUUCAUAUAUGAUAACUGCAUUCUUCACAAUUGAAGUUUGUCCUUUAACUUGGAUGAAACUUACCUCAUCUUACACAAUUGAACGUUGUUACUUUCUUUUAUGCAGACUUUCUUUCUUAGUUUUGCUUUUUAAGAUUUCAAGAAUAAAAUCAGGUUAGUCAUGUGGAUGGCAACGUUCUGAGGUUUGGGGAGUUAAAAGAAAGUAGAGGGAUGAACGAGCAAGUCAAAGGACAUUCCUACUCAGAACCAGGUCUUCUCGGAACAAACUCACCUUCCCAUGGUACCUGAAGGUAAGGAUGAAUCUGAGAAAGAAGCUGUUGCAGAUAAAAUCGACAAGUCUUGGUUGAGAAUCUCUUUGGCUUCUCCAAAACUACGGGAGAGCAUCUCAGCUAGGUCAGUGAAAUAUUAGCACGUCUAAGCAAUGACUUUAGUGUCAAGAAAAUUGCAACUUAUAUGAUCGAGUUUUGUUGCACUCCGAUGAAGGGGCUCUAUUAUUGUGUGAUAUACCUAAGACCAGGGGACUAUCAUCGUAUACACUCUCCAGCUGACUGGAAUGCAUUGGUUCGUAGACACUUUGCAGAUAUUGAUCGUCAGCUGCUAAUCUAAUUGAGAACAAGUCGUACUUGAAGGGAUAUGGAAACAAGGUUUUAUGGCACUUGAUGUUGAUGGUGCGACCAACAUUGGAUCCAUUGAGCUAUUCAUCGAACCUAGGAGCAAGUGUAUGAUCCACAAGGUCAUGGCGUAAAGCUUGAGAAUGGAAAGGAGGUAGGUGUAUUCAACAUGGGAUCAACUGUGGCGGUUCAAGCAGUUCCUCAGAUUACAGAUUCUGUGUCAAACUAUGUUUGUUAAUGACAGUGUCUGAAUAUGACCCUUUGACAGGCUAAUAGCGGUUGAGUGUUGGAGCUACCUAGAUGCCUAGAAGAACUCGCUGGCAAGCAAUGCUUCUUUCAUGAUUCAAGUGAAACCAUACAAUUUCACUCCCAACCAUGGCACCUUCACGUACAAUGUCUGCAACUUCUGAGGACGUGUCUGUGAAACUCUUUUUUGUGCACUACGUGUCUGUGAAACUCAUUCAGAGAUAAACUAAGCUUAGUAAAGAAAACAUCUUCAACAGCGGUGAUUGAAAUAACACAUCUACUUAUUAGUUAUAGGUUGAAAGCAGCAACACAACUCCACAAGCGGCAUGGCAGAUUGCACAACCACCUGCUUCUGGCACCAACCCGAUGGAUGGGGCUACAAAAGGGAUGGACGUUGAUCAACCAACACCACCCAGCUUUGGAGAUGAGGAGAAGAGCCUCAAACGCCCCUGGAGUGAUUGUUGGAAGUACUACAAUUCGUCUUUCCCACCAAGUUUUCUUUUCCUACAUUACAAGCUCUACGCAAUUACUCUUUUCCAUCGUUUGUGUUUUUCCUAUUUUCUUUUUAAAAUUUCCUGCAACAAGCUCCAUCUGAGAACAUUGUUAUUUUCAUUUAAAUUAAAGGAAGUUUGACGGCUUAACAUGUUCACUAAUAUUCGUCUGGUAUAAUUAACAUGUGGCUACCUUUAGUUAGUCCCUUGAUGCAUCAACAUAGACUUCACUUAAUGCACCAAUUAAAAACCUCACCUUAAUCGCAUCGUACAUUUAAUACUCUCUAUUUUCUUAAAGAAAUACAGUGAUUUGAUCAACUAACAUAUAGUAUGUCGUAGCAUUCAACCAUGUACUGAUAGUAUCAAUUUUUUUUUGUAAACUAAUAGUAUCAAAUCUUAAACCAGAUAAAAAUGUCAUCAACUAAAAGCUGAAUGACACUAAAAUAGAACCAACCAAAAAUAGUGACACAAAUACACUUAAUAUGUUCAACGACGGUGAGGCAAAUAAUACCCAAAAAAACAUCAAAAGACAGACACAGGUCAAAUGAUCGUCAUUUACAAGGUUUCUUCAAGUAAAUCAAGAACACACCUACACCUCCCUACUUAUUCCCUGACCCACAAUUCUCUUCGUAUGCAAAUAUCUACAACGCAACAACACACGUUUAAGAGGAACUUCACCUACAGGAUUAAUUACUCCAUAAAGCAACAAGCCAACAACAUAUACGACCCCGCCCUUGCGCGGGGGGUUCCACCCCUAGUAAUCUUUUAAAAUUUUAUUAAACAAGUAGGAGUAAGGAUUAAAUAUUGAUAUUUUUUCUUAUUAAUGAUACACAGUGAUAAGAUACAUGGACAUUACAAAGGAAUUUUGUUGAUAGCAUGAAAUUUUUUUUCUGCUGAUGUUUUAAUUUAUCCAGUGAAUUGAACGAAGGAAGGUGAUUGGAUAAUCAUCAACGCCUUUCAUAUUGAACAUGCUUGAGAAAGUUUUAGGUUAGCGCUUCGUGAUUUUAAAAUUAAGUAGAAAUCCAAUACUUCUUUAUUAAACAUUCUACUUAGUCGCUUGAAAACCUAUUUCUCACCACUAGAUAUAUGGACAGUUGAUGUUUGAUUUUUUUUUUUUUUACAUUUAAAUUAAUAAAUUUUUUUUUUUGAACAACAAAUUAAUAAAAUAUUUUCGCGAUUGAGGGGAGUUACGAGAAGGAUUCACAGAUGGAAAGCCGUUAUCUGUUUAGAUCUGAUAAGGAUCCGGGCUUUUGGAUACGAUGUGGGUGGAUUGGGAAAGGUUACGGUGUGAUUGGUUUCAAAGGCAAUCGAGUUUUGAUUUGUUAUGGUCUGGGAAAUUGGAAGUAUGGAGUUUUUUCUCGAUUUGGUUUUAAUGGUGAGAUUGGUGGUCUUGGGAAUGACUCGGUUUCCUUUUUUGUGAGAUUAGGGAAUAUCGUCGUGAUUCUGAAGCUAGUACUUAACCUUGGUCCCACAGAUUCUGUAUGGAUCAUUUCCCGAUCUUUGGAAAAUGUAAUAGAGGAAUUAGAGGUUUCUGUAAUAAAAAUUUUCCUCAAAUAUAAUCUGAUUAAUAUUAUUGAUGCGGUUUGGGAUUUUCGGAUUUGCUUGAUCAUAAAGUCUAGGCCUGUAGAGUCUAUAGUAUUUAUAGAGAUAUGUGCUAAGAGGGUUAACACAUCUCAAAACAUUUGUGUUCUUACUGUCUUUUUGGCUCUUUCUCUCGGCUUUUUUCUAUCGCUCAUUCACUUUGUUUUCACAAUGUCUCAAGGCAACUGGAUUACUAAGUCAGGCGGUAAGAAGGUGGAGGUGGCUAAACAUGGUUUACGGAUUACGGUUCCACGGUUUGACAAUUCAGAACUCAUUGCGAGCUAUUCCAAGACCCUCAUUGGGCGGUGCAUGAAUCCUCAAAAGCAAGACAUGAAAAUCCUUCUUUUCCUGCUUCCAAGGAUUUGGAAUGUUGAGGGUCGCGUGGCUGGUGUUGGUCUGGGGCUUGGAAGAUUUCAGUUUAACUUUGAUUUGGAGGAGGAUAUUGUAGAGGUCCUCAAGAUGGAACCGUUCCAUUUUGACUACUGGAUGUUGUCUAUGGUCAUGUGGAAGCUGGUGCUAGAGCCGAACUAUCCAUCGAAAAUAACUUUCUGGGUUCGUGUGAUGGAUAUUCCUCUUCAGUUUCGAGCGGCUCCAAUUUUCCAAAGUGUGGGGGAGGCUCUUGGGCAGGUCCAGGGGCAGGUGGAUUUUGUUGGUGGAAGAGUUAGUGUGGAACUUGAUGGUUUCUCAAUGCGAUCUUUACUUGGCAAAAAUACUUUGGGCGCGGGUUCAAAGUCUAUGGUCCAGAUCUCGGGUGUUUGUGGUGGCUUUCGUUAAGGUCUCGGAGUAUUUGGAGCAUUCCCCUCUCAUGGAUGGAUAAAUCUAGAUUGGUCUCAUCAAACCAUGAGCCGAGGAGAUGCGGUGAAGUAACGAAGUUCAUUUGUUUCUUUUCUUUGGUGAUGUUGUUGGACAGGAGGGGACACAUAGGAAUCAGCGUGUUUAUGCACUUGAAUGCAAGGUAUGCUUGCUUAGUGUUUCUUUUUGACAGAGAAUAUUGCUUAGGAAAUGGGAUACAAGGUAACAGGGUCUUACGUUUAAGUAGAAAAGUGUGUUCAUGGUGUCUUUUGCUUGGUUGCUGGUUAGAGAGUAGCUAUAAGCAGGAGAAACUGGGUGCUCUUAUAUUUAUUUAUCUGCGGUUUUGGUGUAUAGAGUUUGGAGGUGAUGUUGGAACACUUUUUCUUACUAUUGAGGAGAUGCAUCACGGUCAUUGUGUGGGUCAGUUGCGGAUCUUUUUGGCUGAUAGAAAGGAAUUUAAUUCUUGGGUUGUAGUGAGCUUAAGAUUAGGUUUCUCUGGUAUUUGUUGUCGUGGGUAUUACUACGGGUUAGUACUAGAAGUUUGGGGUGUUCUCAAAAUUUUAUUAAGUGGGGAGGAGUCAAUAGGAGUUGCCUGUAGGAAUGUUGUCUAUUUUAUGAGAGAUCUUGUGAGGUUGUGGUUUAUAGAUUGGAGUGCUUAUAUCUGUGGCUCUGUUUCAUUGGUGUCGUGUGGUCUUAUUGGAUUUGCUAAGGGUGUCUUGUUAGUUCCCACGAUCAGUGGUGAUGCUGAUGUUGCUGAUCUCAGUUUAGCUUUGCCUAUAUUUAGGUAUGUUUUGCUUCUAAAUCAGAUGAAAGUGACUGGUGAUAGCUGCGGGAAGUCUGCUGUAGAUGUUCCUAUGCACUAUGAAUUUAAAGGUUUCUUUGAUACACAUGCACAUGUGGUAUUGAUAGAUGUGGGAAGGUGCUGGUUGAUGUCUUGGUAUGACGAUAACUACUCGGCUUUCUAUGGUCCAAAUUGCCUUAUGCGGUUUAAUUUUGGGUGGGUGGCGUUUUGCUAUCAAAGGCGAGGUUGCAUGGUCUUGGUGAGAAGGUUAAACACUGAGCAAGUUUUUAUGAUCUUAACAUUCGGUGCUGGUGGGGAUCAAGGAUAUAGAUGCUGGUUAUUAAUUUCUCCAGUAAUGCAUGCGGCUUUGUUACCAAAUGUGGUUUUUGUAAAGGUUUAUAAGGUAUUACGGUUGAAAGUAGUUCGGGUGUUUUUUGGACAAGUUCAGUGCUAUUUAAUUUGGUCUUGUAUGGAUUGGAAUUGGUAUGAGGAAUCGUGCACUAGGGUCUUAGUGGAAUGUAAAUAUGCGGAUAAUUUUUAUUGGAAAGGAUUUAAAAGGCCGGUGUGGUACUACAACAUUUGUUAAUAUGAAGAUCUUAAGUUGGAAUUGUCGAGGGCUUGGAACCAGUUGGACUAUUAGCUAUUUGCGGGAAAUAUAUUACAAACACAGACCAUAGUUUUUGUUUUUAUCGAGACGAAACAAAAUUUUGAGUUUGUACAAUCUUUUCAGUUUCAUUUUGGGUUUAGUCAUCUCCAUACGGUUGAUCCCCAAGGUAGAAGUGGGGGGCUGGCUUUAUUUUAUAACUCUAGUUACAAGGUUAAUAUUAUAUCAUCUAGUAAUAGAAUUAUAGAUGUUGAAAUGGAAUAUAAUGGCAAGCGGAUUUUUAUAUCUUUUGUUUAUGGUGAACCAAACCAAAAUCUUCGAGAUCCGGUUUGGGAGAGAUUAACGAGAAUAGGUAUCGCUCGGGGUGAACCCUGGUUUAUUAUUGGAGACCUAAAUGAGAUUAGAGAUAAUCACGAGAAAUAGGUUGGUACCAUUCGACAUGCUGAUACUUUUGUGGCUUUUAACAAUAUGAUAGAUAAUUGUGGUCUUAUGGAAUUCCCUAGUCUCGGAAAUACUUUAUCAUGGAGUGGGAGGAGACAAUGCCAAGAAGUUCAGUGUCGUUUGGAUCGGGCGCUGGGGAAUAAUGAAUGGCAUAAUUUGUUUCCAUGUCUAUUUGUUGAAUAUUUGCGCAUGGUUGCCUCUGAUCACAGACCCAUUGUAGCAACAAUUGAGGAUAAAGUUAUAAAAUAUAGAAGGUCUUUUCGAUUUGAUAAGAGGCGGAUAGGGGAAGAUGGUCUUAUGGAGUCAAUAACACAGGGAUGGAACAUUAAUCGCGGAAGGGCAAGGGCAUGAAUUGUAGACAAGAUACAUUCGUGUAGACAUGAGAUUUCAGUUUGGAGGAAACUUAAUCUGCCAUAUGGGAAGGACAAAAUAGAUUCCCUACAAAGAGCACUUGAGGAAUUCAAAAUGAUUUUACAAAAUCUAAUGAAGAGGUACAUGAGGUAUCAAGGAAAUUACAAGAGGCGUAUCGUGACGAGGAACAAUAUUGGGAACAAAAAAGUAUGAUUAAUUGGCAUGUUCUCGGGGACAGGAAUACAAAAUUUUAUCACGCUUUAACAAAACAAAGACGUAUUCAAAAUAGGAUUAUUGGCCUACAUAAUGAAGAGGGAAAAUGGGUGAACUCAGAACAUGAUGUGGAAGGUGUAGCAGUAAGAUAUUUUACGGAUGUGUUCAGUAUAUCCUCCCCAGCGGACCCAAAGGUUUUUUAGAGGAAGUACCAACAUUGGUUACGGAUGCCCAGAACCUAAGGCUGAUGGCUAUGGCUACGAAAGAAGAGGUUAGGGCUGCUUUAUUUAUGAUGCACCCGAAAAAAGCCCCUGGUCCAGAUGGGAUGACUGCACUAUUUUAUCAACAGUCUUGGUCAAUAAUUAAGGAUGAUGUGGUCUCCACGGUUAAUGACUUUCUAAGGACAAGAAUUUUUGAUGCGAGACUUAAUUUGACAUAUAUAUGUCUUAUUCCGAAGACGGAGAGACCAAGUAGGAUGACGGAGCUUCGACCCAUAAGCUUGUGCAAUGUGGGUUAUAAAAUUAUUUCAAAGAUAUUAUGCCAGAGGUUGAAAGGUUUAUUACCAAUGUUAAUUUCGGAGACUCAAACGGCAUUUGUUUCCGGUAGGCUAAUUUCAGAUAACAUUCUCAUUGCUCAGGAGAUGUUUCAUGGGUUACGUACAAAUAAGGCGUGCAAGGAUAAAUUUUUAGCAAUCAAAACGGAUAUGAGUAAGGCGUAUGACAGAGUAGAAUGACCUUUUCUCAAGAGUCUUCUUUUGAAAAUGGGUUUUUCUAUUGAUUGGGUAGCUUUGAUAAUGCAAUGUAUAUCAUCGGUCAGGUCUUAUUAAAUGGGCAACCGAAAGGGCAUAUAGUCCCGGAGAGGGGCCUGCGACAAGGGAAUCCGUUGUCCCCGUAUUUAUUCAUCCUAUGUAUAGAAGCUCUUAUUGCUAACAUUCAGAAGGAGGAAAGGAGGAAACAGUUAACAGGCCUAAAAAUAGCACGGGCAAGUCCACCAAUUUCACAUUUACUGUUUGCGGAUGAUAAUCUUUUCUUUUGUAAGGCUACAGUGCAGGAAUGCGGGGUUAUCCUUCAACUACUCAAAAACUAUGAGUUAGUGCCAGGCCACCAAAUUAAUUUUUCGAAAUCAUCGAUUCUUUUUGGUCAUAAGGUUCCCGAGGAAGUGAGAUUGGUUAUUCAUAAUCUACUGAACACUACGAAUCUGGGAGGGAUGGAAACGUUUUUGGGUAUACCCGAGAGUCUAGGGGUUCAAAAAUAAAGAUUUUUGGCUUUCAAAAUGAGUGGGUAAAUAAUAAAGUAAAUAGUUGGACAGUUAGAUUCCUUACAGGGUGGGGGGUAAAGAGGUGCUGAUAAAAUCUUCAGCCGCACCUAUGCCAACAUAUGUGAUGUCAUGUUUCAAACUGCCUAAAGGGGUUACACAGAAAAUUACUAGCUAGUACUUUAGCGUACUUCUGGCGGAGUAGUGGGGGAAACAAAAAUGGUUUACAUUGGUUUUCUUGGGAUAAAGUUUGCAUACAUAAAGAAGAAGGUGACCUAAGUUUUAGAGAUCUCCAAGAUUUUAAUACAGCUUUAUUGGCCAAACAAUUAUGGUGUUUGAUAGAUAAGCCUGAUUAUUUAUUUUCCAAGGUUUUCAAAGGAAGAUAUUUUUAGAAUUCUCAUCCUUUGGAUGAUCACAGAUCUUACUCCUCUUCUUAUGGAUGGAGAAGCAUAUGUUCAGCUCGAUCUCUUGUUAAAAAAGAGGCUAAUCAAAAUAGUAGGGUCUGGGCACUCAAUUUCUGUUUGGAAUGAUCCCUGGAUUCCUGCUCCUCUCCCGAGGUCAGCAUUACCAAAAAACCAAUCUCAAUUUUUAAAUCCAUCUCUUACGGUGAAAGAUCUCAUCAACCCGGUUGAUAAAUCCUGGAAUGUAGAUUUUCUCAAUGAAUAUUUUCAUCCAGAUGAAGUGAAGAUCAUUCGUGGGAUAGCAGUUAGUAGGACACAGAGGCCAGAUUUGUCUGGUUGGUUGUAUACAGAGUCCGGUAAGUACUCGGUUAAAUCAGGUUUCAGGACAGAGUCAUUAUAUCCAGACAGGAAACCAAGGACAAUUAUUUAUGGACCAAACGUUAAACCACUGUUGGUGUUUACAUGGAAACUUUGAUGCUCCCCGAAACUGAGGAAUUUCGUUUGGCAGGUUUUAUCUGGGACUCUACCGGUAUUUAAGAAUUUGAAGGCACGGGGUAUAAAUUGUGAUUUAAGAUGUAGUAUUUGUGGAGCAGAUGAGGAAUCUAUAAAUCAUGUUCUCUUUGAAUGUCCACCAGCAUUAAAAACCUGGGCGUAAUCUAGGAUCCCCUCGCCUUCCGGAAUAUACCCAUCUUCUUCGGUUUACACUAGUUUAAAUUAUCUCUUUUGGAGAAUUCCAAAGGAAUUUGAUUCUGAUUGCUUCCCCUGAAUUAUGUGGUAUAUAUGGAAGAAUAGAAAUGAUAAUAUUUAUCAGAAUAAGGAUGGGAAUCCUCAGGAAAUUUUACGGAAAGCGGAAGUUGAGAGUACCCUUUGGGCUGAGGCACAAGUAUUGGUGCCAAACCAGUAUGCAAAUAUCCAAACAGGGGUCACCGGACCAUUAGUGGAGCAUACAAGAGUGUGCUAUGUCGAUGGGGUUUGGCGGGAGCAAGAUGUCUUCACUGGACAGGGCUGGUACUGUCGAAUGAGGGGGACAUCGGACGUAAUGAUGGGGGCAAUGAAUCUCCGACGAAGUCUAUCACCUCUACAUGCAGAAUGUGAGGUUCUGAUUUGGGUUAUAGAGUGCAUGAAGACCCUAUAGUUUUCAGACGUAGUUUUCGCGACAGAUUGUUCUCAACUGGUGAAGAUGGUGUCGUCACGUGAGGAUUGGCCAGCGUUUGCUACACAUAUGGAAGAAUUCAGCCGCAGUAAGACUUUUUUCCCUAGUUUCAAGAUCACACAUAUUCCAAGGGCACAAAACACUA